AUGAUCACUAAGGCUACGGGUCUGCGGAUGGAUGGAAUCAGAUUCUACAAGGACCAGAAGUUGUUGGAUGCUGUUGUGAAGAAAUUCCCCAAGGACGAGGUGGAGAAAGUGAAACUGGUGAAAGGAAGCCACACUUACUACUCCCCUAAGAAGACCACUGUUCAACAUGCUAUAUCUGAGGUUUCCAAGUCAGAAGAGGAUUUAGGUGAUGAAGAUGAUGAAGAUGAUGAAGGAUACGACACAAAGGUGGAUGUUGAGGUGGACCCCCAUAUCACCGUGUUGAGAAAGCGUAAAAGGAAAACCGGGCAAGAGGAACAUGGUAAAGGGUUUAUCAUUCAAAAACAAAAGAGGGAGGAUGAUGAUAGUUGGUACAAGGAAGAAGAGGAGAGUGAAGAUGACAUGGAGAUAGAUAGUGAGGAGGUUCAAAUUAUCUCAAGCCAGAAGAAAAAGGCGAAGAUGCUGAGAGGUGAGGAGUUGGGAGCUAAGAACUGUUCGCCUCUUCCUACCAAAUCCAAGGAUCAUAGUAUGGGCUUGGCUGAGGAGAACUCCCCCAAUAAGGAAAUUAAGAUAACAUAG